GCGCCGAGGCGGAGCGGGGCGGCGGGCGGGCGGGCUCAGCGCACCCCCAUGGCCCUGCUGCCGGGGCGGCGGGGACGGUAACCGGCUCCGGUUGUCGCAGCGGGUGAGUCAGAGCUACCCCGGGGAGGGCGGGCUGGAGAUGAGCCUCGCCGCCGGGCUCCGAGCAGCGGCCGGAGGCUGAGCCACAAAGAAGUUUCCUCAGCGGCGGCGCGGGGCUCCCCCAUGCACGCCCCCGGCCGCCGGCCCUGGGGCGCCGCCCGGCCAGCUGCCGGCGCCGACCCCGGCAUGGAGCCCCGCGCAAGGCUGCACGACAGCCCGGACCUCAGCCGGGCCAAGCGGCUGAGCGUCGGGGAGCUCCGGUCCCUCUUCGAGGCUCGCUGCGCCGCCGUCGCCGCCGCCGCCGCCCGGCAGCUGCCCGACCCGGCGAAGAGGGGCUGCCGGCCCCCCAACGGGGUGCUGCCGCCCGUUAUCCCCCGGCUCACCGUCACCGCCGAGGAGGGCGAGGAGGCGCAGGGCGGCCCCCAGGCUGAGCCGCCGCCCCCCGAGAGCGGCUGGCUGAGGACGGACAGCUCGUUACGCCUGCAGUCCCGCAGGCUCUCCACCUCCUCGCUCUCCUCCACGGGAUCCUCGUCCCUCUUGGAGGACUCGGAGGACGACGUGCUGAGCGACACAGAGGGCAGGAGCCAGGGCAUCGUGCACCUGGAGCACGGCGAGGACACCAACCAGAAAAAGGCAUGGCAUACAAUUAAAACCAUGGUUAACUUACCAGUCAUCAGCCCCUUCAAGAAACGCUACUCCUGGGUGCAGUUGGCUGGGCAUACAGGGAGUUUCAAGGCAGCUGAUAGCGGGAAGAUUCUCAAACGCUUCUCUGAGAACGAAAAGGAGUGUUUUGAGCGAUUGAUGAAAGACCCGCUACGCUCCUGUGUCCCUUGCUUCCACGGUGUGGUGGAGAGAGAUGGCGAGAGCUACAUUCAGCUGGAUGACUUGCUUACUGAUUUUGAAGGGCCUUGUGUGAUGGACUGCAAGAUGGGGAUAAGGACAUACCUGGAGGAAGAAUUGACUAAGGCCCGUGAGAAACCAAAGCUGCGUAAGGACAUGUACAAGAAAAUGAUUGAAGUGGAUCCUCUUGCUCCCACAGCUGAAGAGAAUGCCCAGCAUGCUGUCACCAAACCCCGAUACAUGCAGUGGAGGGAAACCAUCAGCUCUAGUGCCAACCUGGGCUUCAGGAUUGAAGGGAUUAAGAAGGCGGAUGGAACAUGUAACACAAACUUCAAAACUACGAAGACACAGGAGCAAGUUCUACAGGUUUUUAUGGAAUUCAUUGAGGGCAACACAACUAUUCUGAAAAAAUACCUCAAGCGUCUGCAGGAAAUUCAUAUCAUUCUUGAAUCCUCAGACUUCUUCAAACGACAUGAGGUCGUUGGAAGUUCACUACUUUUUGUACAUGAUGGCAGUGGGAAUGCUAAUGUGUGGCUGAUCGAUUUUGGAAAGACCACCCUUCUCCCUGAUGGGCAGACACUGGAUCACAGGAUCCCCUGGCAAGAAGGCAACAGGGAGGAUGGGUACUUGUUGGGAUUGGACAAUUUGAUUGGUAUCUUGGAAAGCAUCACUGAGAGAUGAGUUAAGAAUGGCACAAAACUUGCAGGGCUGCUCUGUAACUUUCUAUUCUACUGGGAUCACUCAGCUAGAAGGAAACCUUUACCUCCCUCCAAACUCCUGAGGUCAUCAGUGCAGAGGGAGCUGCAUCCAGAACCCAGCAGUUAGUCAUCAAAAUGACUUUGCAUCGGCCCUCUAUGAACCUAAAUAGCUCCAGAUUGGUCUGUAUUGCACCAGCCGAACUUCAGACUGGUCCUCAGAGGAUGAAGAUCUCCAUACUCGGGAAUCACACCAACAUGAGUCAAGAGAUCUGUAUGGUAAACCAGAAAGACUCUGAUUUCUGGCAAGCAGAUGGGACUCCAGAUUACCUCUUAGUGAACCAGAGCAAGUGUAUGGGGAUUCAGGAUAGGAAUAACAACUUUUCAGAGAACUGUAUAGUUUUGAAACCAGCGAGAGUGGGUUCCCCCCCGCCCCCUUAACUUAAUUCCAAGUCUCCUUGCUCCUGUGUGCACUAUAGGUUGGACCAACAACUUCUGCUGCAUUGUGUUACAGUGUGUACAAGGUAGAAAUGGGUGAUAAUCACAGGAAACCUGGAGCAAAGGGAGACAGCAAGACAGCAGUUUGUAGUGGCUGGAUAUGGUAACUGCUGGUGACCAUUCCUCCUCUUCCCUACCCUAGCCUUGAUUUACUUUUAUCCAAGAACAACCUUUGCUUUUAUGUAGCCUCUCAGGAGAUUACAAAUACUUUAGGGAGAGAAUAGCAGCCUGUUGUCUCCAAAACAUUUGACUUUCAGACUGGGUGGGCUGUUGGAAAAGUGCCUAGCCUGGCAAGUUUGGCCUCUUGCAGCUGAACUGCAGUUCUGAAAAUCAGUAAUGACUCUUUCACACAGACCAGGGAACUAAGGGUUUUUUUCAAGGCUUGUUUAUUUUUAAAGAUAAAAUCCCUAUACACGUGCACACACAUGCUCGCACUAGUAACCAACAACCACUGCGAUCGCUUAAGAUCAUGGUUUGACUGUCUCCUAAUGCACGUGACUUCUUGGCUACGUUCCUGUUCCAAGAUACGAUGCUGAAACUUCAGCGUAUAGACUGGCGCAGCGAUCAGGAAGGUAAUGUUUCUGCAUUCACAGCAUUACACUAAUGAUGAAAUAAUUCCCAGGCAUCCUUCCUCCAUGGCAUCAGCUGUUAACUCAGGGCAGCUUGGGGGAAAGAAUGUCAAUAAAUGCCCUAGUCCCCGUCUGGAAUCGCAGGGCCAUCUGUGGUUCAUUCUUCUUUUGCUGUGGCCCAGGCACAGCCACAGAAAAUUCACAGUGUUUAGGUUAAGAUCAAGAAAGACUGAAGUGAUUUCUUGUAAUGGCUUCACACAUACCUUCUCUGUUGGUUGCUUCUAGUCACUUGAACAGUUCUUUAAAUACUAGCAGUAUAAAUACUAUCAGUAUUCACAUGUUCACUCACAUUCCAGGUUUUAACAUUAAUAAUGUGAUGAUGUGGUUUUCAAAAUGAGGACAAGACUUACAUUACUACUUGGUUGUUAAUCCCUUUUCGACAUCUAAUGCUGGUAAUGCACGUUGAUCAGAAAUUGCUGUCUUUUGCCAGUGUCCUGCAUUCAGAAAUGAUUCUGAGAACUUCAGGAUAUAUGAAGGUGACUCCAUGUUUUGGGAAACUGCUAGUUCUAUAAUAAUAAUGAUCGUGAGCAAAAAAAGACUGUAGAGUCCAGAUCUGUAACGAAAUGUAUCUAUAGCAUUUGUAAUUAGGAAAGAAUAGCCUAAAAUAAUUUCAAAAAGGAGUUACUUGUGAUAACACACUACUAUACUAAGAGAUCAGUCAGUUUUAAUAACUUUUUCAUCACCCCUAAACGAAACAGCAGUAUUAAAAAUACAAGCUCAGUUGUGACCUAAGAGUUCAAUGACAUAGAAUAUGUUCUGUAGGAAGUAAUGACACGUUGGAAACAUUUCAUCCUAAAUCAGCUGUUUGAAACUGGUAGGCAUUUUUGCAGUUCACUGCAAAUUCAGACUCCUGUGGCCUGGUUUUAUUUUCAUGAUGGUAUGUUAAUGAAUUUUCCACUUUAAAAAAAAAUGUGUAAACCCUCUGAAACAUUUAAGUGACAGAGAGCCUUCCGUAGAGAGCACAGACAUUAUAAUUCCAGAUGCCUCCUAAGUUUUGACCGGUUAUGAGAUGACAAAUUAAUCUGUAGUGAAAUUCGUACAAUUUUAAAAAAAAGUUUUCCUCCUUUCCUGCAGCCAACAGGUAAGCCACAGGGUAGCAGUGCUUAAGGAGAAUAGGAAGUAAAUAGGUCUUACAGGGGAGGACUUUAUUAGCAAUUGCAGUCUCAUAGAAAAGGUAUUGUAAGCAGUCCUACUAUUAAAAAAAACCAAAACCCAAAACCACAAACAACCUAGGAAAGCUCAAAAUGAGACUGUUAAGGUGAUAGAAUUCAUUAGUGGUUUGCCUAAUUAAUCUUCAGAGGCAAUUUUUUUUUCCUGUUACCACAUACGUGAAGCUUUUGCACCAGUGUAACUUAUUUUCUAGAGGAUAAAGUUAGAGGGUAAAAGAGGAUGCUCAAAUGUCAGUUGAGAAUUUGAGACAAACUUAGAAUGACUGUCCAGUUCUAAAGGAGAACUAGAAGCAAUGUGGUACCAGCGGCUUCAAAAAAAGCCCACUGCUGGUAGCACUUGGAUAGUUUGCAGUAUGUGGUAUUGGGGGAAACCAUGGAGAAUGAUCCAUUCCCCUGCAGUAGUUGAAAAGGUCAGGGAAAAAGGAAAACCUCUGCUACAGCAGACUCUGGUCUGGAGAUUCAUUCUAGAUGAAAAAUGGUUCUAACAAGUUAGUUUUGAAGGGGCCCUUUGGCUUGCCAAGGGGUUGGAAGGGAAUCUCCUGCUGCUGUUAUAGAAAAGGGGGCAGCUUUGCAUUAGCAGACUGCAAGUGUGGGACUGCAGCUGAGCACUGGAGCUCUAAGGGGCUCGAGGCCUUGAUUCACAUCAGCUGGUCCAGGCUGCCUGUCUGUGUGCACGCACUUGCUAGCACGAGGAAGCAGCAUAGCCUUCUUUCACUAUGGAGUCAGUUGCCUUGAGUAAGCUUGUAUUUAACCAGUGGGUCAACAUGAUGCCUUUGCACAGGCAUGUAACACAGAAGAGCUGACGCAUGAUAACGGAGGUACUAGUUCCCAUCCAAGUCCAGAAUGUAGUUCUUUAAUGCCUUCGCUGAUAUUGCCUCACUCCAGAGACACUGCCAGCAUGUGUGUUUCCACAGCAUGGCAGGAGAUGCUGUCCCAGCAGCACUUUGGUGCUGAGCAGCUAACCUGACUUGGGCACCAAGGUCUUUACGCUCACUAGUUAGAUGCAGCAAUGCUUACUGCUGUAGCUGCUGCAGUCCUGUGUGAACCUAGCAGUAGGACAUCUCUCCCUCAGCUUUGUCAGUGACUUGUUUUUUGGCCUUGCACAACCCUCCUAGGCCUCAGUUUUCAUCCCAUUUUACAGCUGGGAAUACUACAUACUUACCUCACAGGAACAGUGUGAGGCUGUCCUUCAUUAUUGCUUGCGAGAUGCUGUGAGAUUCUUUGGAGGAGGGCGCAAUGUAGAAAGCAAUGCACAAGGAGAUACAUCAGCUAAGUUUAAAAAUUGUGGGUGUUGGCGCCCCACAGGGAUAUAAAUCUGGAUGAAAUUUAACCGACGUGGUAAAAAUUAAAUCCCUCUUAAUUUUACACCGGGAGGGGUGGGGGGAGAUUUCAGUGGGAGUUGGACCAAACCCUUAAGUAGCUCAGAGGGCUCUUGCUAUUUUUUUUUGUAUUGUUGUUGUUACAAUUUGUUAUUCUUAAGGUACUGAGAUCAAAUGGCCUGUACCAGCCACAGUGCUCCAUUCUGAACACUACAAUGCAAUGCUGACCAUGGUCACUUUUGACAUUGACUGUAUUGGUUGAGUGUGUGUUACUCUGAAGUGUGUAUGCUACUAAAUAAAUGCGACUGGAGGAAAAAAAA